AUGAGCCAAGACAGCAGGCUCUACCCUCAAAGUCACACCCACGUCCACACACAGCCCGGCGAGCGUCACAGCGUCACAGCGUCACAGCGUCGUCGCACUGUGCUGUUGCGUUGCGUCGGAAGAUUGAAAAAGUGGAGUGCGGCAGGCCGCCUUCCCGAGCUUCUGAAAAAUCGUGGCAGCAGAAGCCAGAAGAAGCACCUAGCCUGCGGCAUCAGGGUCCGCUACAGCAAGACCCUUUUUCCAGCGAUUCGACAGUCGAUACCGAUUUCUUAUGCGUUCAAAUCGGACCGGAUCACCUUGCCACGAACAUCGGUCGCACCUACCGACGCAAUAGACCACGGAGCAGGCCAAAUGAGCACAACAGUACAUGACUGUACAGCGAAGAGCAAUGUGCAGAGUCUGAGGUAG